AGUUCGCGCCAAUGGCGUUCAGCCUCUUGAACCCUCCUCCCUCCAGAAUCGCACUCACAGCUGCAGUCCCGCCAUUCCCGAUUCCCUCAUUCCUCUUCUCACAACCGCGCUUCCCUCCUCUCCACAUCGCCCUCUACCUCCGCAGUCCGCCGCCGCUGCGAGUCCAGUCCUCGUCGACGCCGCCGUCCCCGACGCCAACGGAAGGCUCCCCCACGCCGCCGGCGUCGAGGGAGGAGGCGGUCGCGCAGGCGAGGUCCUGCCUGGCCACGGCGCUGCGCAAGCCGCUCAACAACACGCUCCCGGCGCGGAAGCUCAAGAAGCAGCAGCGGCAGCCCCGGUUCCGCGCCGAGAUCCCCGUCGUGGACGACUCGCCGGGCUCCCUCGCACGCCUCGCCUUCGACGUCUUCUCGGGCCUCGGCGUGUCCCGGAAGGGCUCGCCCGCAAAGCUCCUGCUCGUGUGGCCUUCCUCGGAGGAGCUGGAGCUGGCCGUGCGGGAGUUCAAGAACUGGGGGGACUCGUCGUCGGCAUUGGCGCACGCGCAGCUGGACUCGGUGUCGCCGGACGCGCUGGGAUCCUGCGACGCCGCCGUGUUCUUGGCGCCGGGGCGGGAGCAGGUGGAGAAGCUGAGGGCGGCCGUGAACGCGCUGGACCCGAAGCCGGCGGUGCUGUUCAACCCGGCGUGGAGCUUCGAGGUGGAGGAGGAGGGAGGGUUCGGCGGCGUCGCCAAGGGCUUCGUGGGCUCCUUCAACGUGGUGUACUCCUUCAUGGGGCUGGAGGUGAAGGGCCUGCUGAGCAAGAAGAAGGGGGUGCUGCUCCGGUGCGUGGAGGGCGGGCGGUUCGGCGGGGACAGCUGGGUGCUCAUGGUUGAGGAGGAGGACGAGGAGGCGCCGGAGUUCAAGGUCGUGUCGCGGCUGAAGCGCCGGCCGACCAUCGGCGAGGUGGAGAACAUGAUGUACAACCUCAUGGCCGCCAACUCGCCGGUGACCAAGUCGGCAAGGUUCCUCAGGGAGCUCGUGUCCAACGUCACAGGGAGGAAAGGGAAACAACAACAGUGAUCUGAUUAAUUCAGUUUUCAACUAGUUCUGUAACGCUGGCUGUAGUUGCCCUUGCUUGGCGGUGAUUUGGUAAUUCGAGCUGCAACCACGUCUUCAGAACAGGGCAGAGCAGGCAUAACUGUGACGAUUCACAAUAGUUUCGGUUCGAUCGGUAUACGGAAGUGUCAUGUGUUGACAAAUAGAGUAGAGAUUUUCACCACUAGUUCAUGCAAAAAACUUCAAAAAUGUUGAGAAACUUGUUUUUCAGCACUUGCUUGCUUGU